CAUCCAAAUCAGUUUUAUUUCGAGCGCAAUCAAAAUGAUAAAUACUUAGUGAGGUGGUAGCUGAUUUCAGUGGCGGGAGAAGCGGGGUUGCUUUAUUUCUAAUCCCCCAUUUAUACGGAUAAGGACUGGCCAGUGCUCCUUUUAAAGAUGGAAUGCGAUUACUUACUAUUUAUUACUAAAACAUUACACUGUAAAAAUGAAGGUUUUUGUGUAACUUAUACAGUGUGAUGCUUGUUUAGGCUGGUGUGGCGUAGUACUUUACGCGGGCGUGCGUUUCCCAAAAGCUCCCGUUAGAAACUUACAUUGUUGGACUCAUAAAGUUGCACGGUUCUAGUUAGCAACUGUAUGCUUUUGGGAAACGCACCCCUGGGCGGCUAACAUGCUCUGCUUCUCUUCUUGGCUUGAGAAGUCUUAGCAGACUUGGUCUUAUCUUAUAUUUACAGAGUCGUGUGGGCUGAUUCAGAUUAAUGCAGAUGGAUGCGCACUCCUAUUACAGAUCCUAGUGCUGUUUUUUUAAUUCGCGGAGCCCCUUGCGCUGAACUAGCGUUGUCCUGCCAGCCGACAGUAUUGUGUUUUUCUUUUAUACUUUAGGUUACCGAUGUCAUAUUUGUACGAAUGAGUUUGGAUGUUCAAAACCCCGACAUUUUACCGGACUGUCCCAAUCUGUCAAAACAGGUUUACUAUAAAACUAGAGAAACCCCGUUACAGUGCCAUGCCGCCGGAGUGACAUCACCCUCCCGCUUCCCAGUUCCGGAGCCCGGCGCUCACGCGGCGCAGUGUGGCUUCGCACGGCCGUCCGGAGGAGCAGCAGCAGUAGCAGCGUGUCAGCGAUGAACGGCGGCUUCCCCGCCAUGGCGUCCGUGGGGGACUUCGAACCGCUCAGCGCCUCCAUUCCCGCCACCAAGGUGGAGGUGACGGUGUCCUGCAGGAAUCUCCUUGACAUGGAUACAUUCUCCAAAUCAGACCCAAUUUGUGUGCUUUACACGCAAGGAGUCGGCAGCAAGGAAUGGAGAGAAUUUGGCAGGACAGAAGUCAUCGACAAUACCCUGAACCCAGACUUUGUGCGCAAGUUCAUCCUGGACUACUUCUUUGAAGAGAGGCAGAACCUGCGGUUCGACCUGUACGACGUUGACUCAAAGAGCUCCAAUCUGUCAAAGCAUGACUUCCUGGGCCAGGCGUUCUGCACCCUCGGGGAGGUGGUGGGCUCUUUGGGGAGCCGCUUGGAAAAGCCUCUGGUGGGCAUUCCCGGCAAGAAGUGUGGGACCAUCAUUGUGAGAGCAGAGGAGCUGAGCAAUUGCCGGGAGUCUGUAAUGAUGCAGUUAUGUGGCAACAAACUGGACAAGAAAGACUUCUUCGGAAAAUCCGACCCAUUUCUGGUCUUCUACCGUAGCAAUGAAGAUGGAACGUUUACGAUCUGCCACAAGACAGAGGUGGUGAAGAACACCCUGAACCCUGUGUGGCAGGCCUUCAAGAUCUCCGUCAGGGCCCUCUGCAAUGGGGACUACGACAGGACAAUCAAGAUUGAAGUCUAUGACUGGGACCGAGAUGGCAGCCACGACUUCAUCGGCGAGUUCACCACCAGCUACAGAGAGCUGUCCAGGGGCCAGUCUCAGUUCAACGUCUAUGAGGUUAUUAAUCCAAAGAAAAAGGCAAAGAAGAAAAAAUACAUAAAUUCAGGAACGGUAACUCUGCUGUCUUUCCUUGUCGAUACCGAAGUCACUUUUCUCGACUACAUCAAAGGCGGGACGCAGAUCAAUUUCACCGUGGCCAUUGACUUCACAGCAUCUAAUGGGAACCCGGCCCAGCCCACCUCCCUACACUACAUGAGCCCGUAUCACUUGAACGCCUACGGCAUGGCGCUCAAGGCCGUGGGUGAAAUCAUCCAGGACUACGACAGCGACAAGAUGUUUCCCGCGCUGGGCUUCGGUGCCAAGCUUCCUCCUGAUGGCAGGGUCUCCCACGAGUUCGCCCUGAAUGGGAACCCCCAGAACCCCUACUGCAACGGCAUCAACGGGGUCAUGGAGGCGUACUACCAGAGCUUAAAGUCCGUGCAGCUGUACGGGCCCACAAACUUCUCCCCUGUCAUCAACCACGUUGCCAGGUAUGCAGCAUCCGUGAAAGAUGGCUCCCAGUACUUCGUGCUCCUCAUCAUCACGGACGGAGUCAUCUCAGACAUGGCGCAGGCCAAGGAGGCCAUCGUCAAUGCUGCCUCCCUGCCAAUGUCCCUCAUCAUUGUUGGAGUUGGACCAGCAGAAUUCGACGCCAUGGUGGAGCUGGACGGAGAUGAAGUCAGGGUGUCGUCGAGAGGAAGAUACGCAGAGAGGGACAUUGUUCAGUUUGUCCCAUUCCGGGAUUACGUCGACCGGACGGGGAACCAUGUCCUCAGCAUGGCCCGGCUGGCCAAGGAUGUGCUGGCGGAGAUUCCCGACCAGUUCCUGUCCUACAUGAAGACCCGGGGGAUCAAGCCCUCCCCCGCACCCCCCCCUUACACCCCACCAGGACACCCCCUGCAGACUCAGAUCUAAUGGGUGAUCGUGUCCGGCCACACACACACACACACACACACACACACACAAACACACAUGUGCACACACACACCUACACAUAUUUUUGGGGUCUCCCAUCCUUGGGAGAUGGUGUCCCUCAGAAUGGGGGGAGGAACAGUGGACAUGUUUACUUCCUUUUCGAGUUCUUCUGUCACAGAGCUGGACGUAGGUCCUCCUGUAAGCCUCCGCGGGAGAGCCCAAAACGUCCAGACAGCACCUGCAACCCUGCGACUGUUGUAAAUAACUCUGGGAAUGCUUUUCCUCUCUCUCUCAAUGUUUACAUGUCGAUGAGCAUUUUUAAAGUUGGAUACUUUUAUAAUGCUGAAGUUUGUGAUAUCUCCACUGCCGGCGUGUCGCUUUGGCGGGCCCCGUGGCAAUCAGCCGGUCGCCAGGGUCCUCUGCCCUCACGGCCUCCUUACGUCCUUCUGAAAGCUCGUUAGCUGCUCUCUUAACUGCCUUGACACGAGGGUGAUUUUCCACCGGGCUGGCUGGCGCCAAGUGGGGACAUACACGCUUUCGUUAACGUACGCUCGCGCACCGCGUUUUUAACAUAAAUGUCGAGGCAUGGGUAACUGAAGUUUUGUUUGGACAUUUUCAGUGGUAUGACGUGUUGAUCUGCAAAUUGACAUGGUCCUCAUAUAUCUAUGCACAGUUUGAAAUCUCACCUGAGGUCCAGCAACACUUAGCCCCGAAAACACUGAGGUGGAAAAUUGAACAGAUAAAACUACAGGAAGUGAAUAGUGAUUUCACAUUUGUAACAGCGCGUUUGAUUAAAAUGGCCAGUGGACUCAGAGCUGUGCACUCUGCAGUGCAGUAGGGACAGUGUCCUCUGUCACUGCGGUCCGGUGACCGUCAUCAUUCACUAGAGCCAGGCAUAACUGGAUUGUUGUACUUUUACAUGAAAACCAAUGUACAGUACACAUCAAGAGAUGGUGGUUGGUUUCCAGGAAGAACUUCCUCUGGGAACCAUGCAAGGAGCAAGAAGGUCAUCCCACUGAGGACUUUUAAUGAAACUCUUUUAAUUAAAUACGGGUUGAAGUUAGUAAUCGGGAGAGAAGCUCUCUGAAAGAUUGGAAGCUCACUGUCUCAGUCAUCACUCUUUCUACUCAGAUAAGAAAUCUGGGUAUUGAUCACCACCAGUCUUAAACACACACACAUGCCAUUUUAAAGUAUUUUAUUAUUAUGUCAUCAUUCAGUACUUUUGCAAAAAGGCAGCACACCUGAGGUGACUUUUUUACACUUUGACCAUAAGAGAACCAGAGAUGUCUUUCAGUGUAAUAUUGGAUAUUGUUUGCCUGCAUGAACUGGCAUGAACAGAGCUACUGCUCUUUAUGGAGAAACAUGCUGUUUUCUUACAGUGUCAUGUGACUCUCCCUGUGAUGCCAAGCCCAGUGACAUGUGAUCACAUGUGAGCCAAUGGGGCGACUGCGUUUUGGUGCAGCACCUGAACGUCGACUUUGUUUACUGAAGAUCCAAAUGAUUUAAUGUCUGCCUGCCAUAUUCUCACAUAACACUCACGUGUUGCAUGGGCACUUUGACAAGAACAUGCAUCAGUUUUUUUUGUUUGUUUGUUUGUUUUGUGAGAAGUGUAUCUUCAAAAAACAAAAUGGCCUUAAACUCUCACAGGAUUCUUGGAAUUGUGCGAUGCCUUCAGAUAUUUGAAAAUUGUUCUCUAUUUUGUGUCAGUGUUCAGUUGCUCUGUUCAGUAUAUUUUCUUUGCACCAAAUCCUGAAUACGACGUUGUACUUUUGGAAACAGUGAAUAAUCAUAUAAAGCAUGUCGGGAAGUACUUCAAAUAUAUUUGAUUGUCUGGAAAUCUGUAUGAGAAUAACUAUUUCUGUAACAAAGUACCAUUUUAUAAUAAAUAUUGUUACUAAACCAA